UAAGACUGAAGAAGACAGAAAGGUCUGGAUUUCACACUUUUCUUUCUCUUUUGGAUGCACACCUAGUGUGGAAUAUGUGCUUUUGGAACCAGGCAAGCUUGGGCGACACUUAAACUUUUGGGUUCAUCUGUUCUUCAGCUGAUAGGCUGACCGGUUCAGCUUCUCUACACAACACUUUUGUUUUCUCCUGAUCUGCUUCUGUGGAUCUGCAGCUCUAGAUCAUGAGCGACAGUAAAGACAAACCCAAGGGCACCAAAAAUGGGCCUAACGUCAAACCAAAGCUUCACAGCAAGGGUAGUGUCAAAUUGGGGAUGACAGAGACAUGCCAGAAGCCCAGCAAGCCUCUCAGGAGAAGCCGCAGUAACGACGCAGAAAGCCGCCAAUGUGAAGGUGGACGAGAGAGACAACAGGACAGGAGGCAUGGUGGAAAGCAACAACGGGGCCGCAGCGAGGAGGGUAGGAGGCGAGACAGCAACUACGAGCCAGGAAACCAUGCAAACGGGCAACCCAAAGAUGACCUGGAAGACACAGAGUGCAUUGUGUGCUUCUGUAGCUUCGACAACGUCUUCAAGGCACCCAAGUUACUUACCUGUGGACACACAUUCUGUCUAGAAUGCCUAGCACGCAUCAAUGUGAAUUCUCCCGAGCUCAAGAUGCUGUCUUGCCCCGUUUGUCGGGAGCCGACAGAAAUCCGACAUGGCCGAGACCUGCCACAUCUGGGCAAUAAUGAAGACAUUUUCCGCAAGCUUCCACCUGAGAUGCAGCGGGCUCUGUCCGUACGCUUUAAACGCAGCAAGGGCAAGCUUCUCCUUAAGAAACCUCCAAUAAACAGCCCCAUCAGGACCACUGUGAAUCUGCCGGUGUUAAAGAAGAAAGAGGAGCAGGUGGGCAAUUACCCCCUUGGAGUUGUGGAGGAAGGUCUCAGCCCAGCAACAAUGGUCGAUGUAGGUAGACCGCCAAGCAGGACGAGAGGUCGCAUGAGAAGAUUUUUGUAUUCCAAUCAGUGCUAUUACUUUGUCAUUGGAGUAAUAAUUGCAAUCACUUUGGCUAUGAUGCUAAUUGGGAUCUUUACCUUUGUGGCGAUUCCCCGUUUUAAAAACCCCUCUAAACAGAACCAAACCUCUCAAAACACAAAGCCUUAAGGGGUGAUAACAUGCACAAAGCUCAAGAGGGAUGAAGGGAAGAGCAAAGCCAGCUAGAUUAUUUGGAAUAGCCCAAAAUGCAUUUUGUGCUUUUGUGUAUGAUGCACUAAAGAGAGGCUUUAUAGAAAUGAACUGGAAAAACUUGAACAUAUGAUGCACUAUAGUCUGAUGUAUUUUACAUAGACUGAGACAUUGUCAGGCGAAGGUCUUAAAGAACAAGAGGAAACAAUUAUGUCUUUUCUGUCAAUAUUGGAUCGUAUUUUUCUAAUUUUGAAACCCUUUAAUCAAUGGAAAUCAUUGUUGUUUUUUUCUGAAAGGGCUGGAUCUAGCUAUAAAAAAGAUAUUAACGUGCAAUCAUUUCAUGCCAUUUAAUCUCAUGAGGAAUUUACCAAUGUAUAUUCAUGUACUUUAAUAUAUUAUCUAUACAGUUUGAGGUAUUGACACUGAACAACAUAUACAACACCUAACAAAUACAAAUGAUCUCAAAUUUAAAAGGUAAAUGUAAGUUCAAAAAUGUUCUUCUGAAAAGAAAUGUAUAUUUCUUUGAUUAUAAUGCACAUUAUGUAAAUAUGCUCUGAUAUGUAACUAAAUGUUCAUACCCUUUUCUAUUAUUUUAACACAAAUGGGGAAAGGCCACUUGGAAAGUUUAUCAUAAUUAAACUAUUUUGACCAACUACUUUGAGUUACACCUUCAAUUACGACACUGCACUUAUUGAGCCAUAAAGAUAAAUAAAAUUAUAUUUUUACUUUACUAGGGCUACUAAUUCUCAGAAAUAAAUGUACACUUACGGUAGCACAACUUCUGAAUGGACAGAAAACAUCUAUUGGUGAAUAAAGUAAAACUGGAUAUAGUUGAAGGCUUCAUAAUCUUUGACAUAACCAUGUGGAUUCCUCGCAUAGCUCCACAUCACUGAACUAUAGUACAGUUAACCUAUCACUGAAAAAUGUCCUAAAUGAAGCAUGAAUGUACUCAUAUUUAACAAAAUGGGAAUGGCUGUUUUGCUUUCUGUAGGUCUUUAGUACUACAAUUAAUUGGAGAAAAUAGUGUAAAGACAUCACAAAACACACAGAGAGUCAAUAAAGAUAAUACAAAAACAUAUUAUGCAUUGCAAAGUAGGACAUUGCAAAGAGUUGUGGAUUCCUUCCAAUUUUGUUAUUGCUGGAAUUCUUUGAGAUCGAAGAUUAGAAACAAGCAAUUCUUGGUUGAGUUUAUGCUUUAUUAUUAAUCAAUUAAAAUAUAAAUAUAUAGUGUUGUUUGCAUAUCAGACUUACAGUGCAUUCAUAAUGUAUUCAGACCCCUUCAUUUAUUUUCACAUUUUGUUAUGUUACAGCCUUAUGCUAAAACUCUUUAAAAAAAUGUAAUAACUUUGAAAAUGUAUUAAAAAGAAAAAACUGAAAUAUCACAUUGACAUAUGUAUUCAGACCUUUUACUAUAACACUUGAAAUUGAGCUCAGGUGCAUCCCAUUUCUCUGGAUCAUCUUUGAGAUGUUUCUACACAUUUAUUGGAGUCCACCUGUGGCAAAUUCAAUUGACUGGACAUAACUGGGAAAGGCACACACCUGUCUAUAUAAGGUCUCACAGCUGAAAAUGCAUAUCAGACCAAAAACCAAGCCAUGAGGUCAAAUGAACAGCCUGCAGAGCUCAGAGACAGGAUUAUGUCUAGGCACAGACCUGGGGAAGGCUACACAUUUUUUUUUUUGCUGCAUUGAAGGAUCCAAAGAGCAAAGUGGCCUCCAUAAUUCUUAAAUGGAAGACGUUUGGAACAAUCAGCACUCUUCCUAGAGCAAUCGGGGGAGAAGGGCCUUGGUAAGAGAGGUGACCAAGAACCUGAUGGUCACUCUGGUUGAGCUCUAGAGAUCAUGUGUGGAGAUGGGAGAAACUUGAAGCAGGACAACCAUUACUGCAACACUCCACCAAUCUGAGUUUUAUGGCAGAGUGGCCAGACGGAAGCAUCUCCUCAGUGCAAGGCACAUGAAAGCCCACUUGGAAUUUUCAAAAAAAGCACCUAAAGGACUCUCAGACUGUGAGAAACAAGAAUCUCUGGUCUGAUGAAAUUAAGAUUGAACUGUUUGACCUCAAUUCCAAGCGUCAUGUCUGGAGGAAACCAGGCACCGCUCAUCAUCUGUGCAAUACCAUCCCAAUGGUGAAGCAUCAUGUUGUGGGGGUGUUUUUCAGCAGCAUGGACUGGGGGACUGGUUAGGAUUGAAGGAAAGCUGAAUGCAGCAAAAUACAGAGAUAUCCUUAAUGAAAACAUGCUCAGGACCUCAGAUUGGCCGAAGGUUCGCCGACCAACAGGACAAUGACCCUAAGCACACAGCCAAGACAAUGCAAGAGUGGCUUAGGGACAACUCUGCGAAUGUCCUUGAGUGGUCCAGCCAGAGCCCGGACAUAAUCUCAAACAAAUAUAUCUGGAGAGACCUGAAAAUGACUGUCCACCGACAGUCCCCAUCCAACCUGACAUAGCUUGAGAUGAUCUGCAGAAAAGAAUGGCAGAAAAUCUCCAAAUCCAGGUGUGCCAAGCUUGGUGCAUCAUACCCAAAAAGACUGACUUGAGGCUGUAACCGCCAAAGCUGCAUCAACUAAGUACUGAAUGAUGAAUAUAUAUGUCAAUGUGGUAUUUCAGUUUUUUUCUUUUUAAUAAAUGUAAAAGUGAUCAAAAAUCUGUUUUUGCUUUGUCAUUAUGGAAUAUGGAGUGUAGAUUGAUGUGGAAAAAAUAAAUAAUUAAAAGUAUUUUAGCAUAAGGCUGCAACAUAACAAAAUGUGAAAAAAUGUAAGGAGUCUGAAUACCUUGAAUGCACUGUAUGCACACACUGAUAGUCUGAAUUAAUAUUACAAGAAAAUAAUAAUAAUUUUGACUCAUCUCUCCUUUUAUUUAAAAAAUAAGCAAAAAUCGAGUUUACUGUGAGGCACUUAAAAUGGAAGUGAAUGGGGCCAAUUUUUCAAGGGUUUAAACGCAGAAUUGUGAAGCUUAUAAUUUUAGAAUUCACUGUGUAUGACUUUCCUUCUUUAGCAGAACUGAAGUGAAGUUUUUAUUAGCACAUUUCAGCUUUUUGUCCAUACAAUGGAAGUAAACAGGUGCCAUCAGUGUCCUGGUCCAAAAGACAUGUUUAGGUAGCAUAAAAGUAAUCCACAGGACUCCAGUCGAUAAAUGAAUGUCCUUUGAAGCAAAUCGGUAGGUUUGUGUAAAAAUUAAAUCGAUAAUUACAUUUUUUUUUUUUACUUUAAAUCAUUGCUUAAUGUUGCUUUGAAAUUAACUAACUCUCGUGUGACGUUUGUUCCUCUGUUGGAAACG